UUAUAAUAUAACUAAAUAAGAAUAAUAAAUAUGUAUAAAAAUUAUGUAAAACAUAAAAUUAUUAUGUAUUAUUAAUUUUCAUAGGAACAUUUUGAACUUAUCAAAUAACUUGUUGGAAGAUAUUCGAACAGUCCAAUAAAUAUGGUUAUUUACAAUUGUAUUAGCGGUUCUUUAUUUGGUAAAAUGUGUAUUAAAAAUGCUCGACGAACAAUAAUAACAGCGGCAACAAAAGAUGUACAAGAUAUAAAUCUUUCAUCAUUUCGCACAGAAUUAAAUCCUGUAGAACAUGAUGAAAGUUGUUUAAAUAAGAUUUAUACAAUACCUUCAGAUAUUUCAUCAUUAUUGAUGAAAGAUAUGACAAUUGAAUUAAAGAAGCAAACAACAAUUUUUAGAGAACUUGGCAUUUUAGUUAGAAAACCUGCAAUUGAACUUAUAUCAUACUUAGAACAAACAGAUUAUACAAAAUCUAUAAAUAAAUAUGUUUUAUAUGGUAAAGAAGGAGUAGGAAAAACAACAACAUUGUUACAUUUAAUUCAUUAUGGUCUUGUAAAACAUUUUAUUGUAAUUUAUUUGCCAUGGGUUCGUAAUUGGUUUCGAUAUGCAAGAGAAGUUUCUGAAUCUCCUUUGAUACCAGAUAAAUUAGAUUUACCUCAACUAACAGCAGCAUGGUUAAAAUAUUUAAAAUAUUUAAAUGAAACAUCAUUAUCACAAUAUAAUCUAAAAACUACUAAAGAAUAUACAUGGUCUCAAAGAGAAGUUACAAAAUGUGGAGAAACACUUUCUAAUCUUAUUAAAUUUGGAAUAGAGAGAACUAAAUUUGCUUGUGGUGUUGUUAAUGCUUUAUUGGAUGAACUGAAAUUAGCUAGUACGGCAGGAAAAUGUAAAACAUUAGUUAUUAUAGAUGGUUUUAAUGCAUUUACUUCUACAAUUACACAUGUAUGUGAUGAAAAUCAUAAAUAUGUGCCACCUGAGAAGAUAUCAAUAACAUCUGCAUUCUACGAUAUUGUAAAUUACGAUUGGUGUAAUGGUGCUGCAAUAUUAACAGUAGAUAAAAGAGCAAAUAAAGAUAGAAAAGAUUCUGAUUAUCCAAAAUAUUUACUUGGUAAAAAAGGAUUUGAACAUUUAGAUCCCUUUCUUCCUAUUCACGUCGAAAAUUAUUCAAAAGAAGAAUUUAGUACUAUUUUGGAAUAUUAUAAAGAUCGAAAAUGGAUCAGAAACAUAAGUCCAUUAGGAAUAAGAGAAUUAGAAUUAUUAUCAAAUAGACAUCCAGUUACACUUUGGAGACUUUGUAAACCAUUGUAAUAUAAAUAUUUUAUGUAUAAAUAAAAUUAAUAUAUAAUAUUGUAAAAAAA